CAGCAAGAAGCCUCAAAAAUGUGCAGACGAGUUAAACAGAACUUUCAGCAUGACAGAAAUUGAAAGGCUUGAAGGGUCAGCAUUCAAAGGGAUGUAUUAAGCUGCAUGAAAAGAAAUAAGAUGAUUCUUUCUACCUUCUGCUUUAUUCAGAUACUGGAAGAUUCAAUUCUAACCGAUAUGAUUGCUUUAUGGACAGACAGGAAGACUGCAGUUUCCGCUAAUGCUAUCAUACCAUCCAGUCAGUGUUUUGCUGUUGUUGCUCUGUUCAGAAACGUGCAGUGACAACUCAAGUGAGUUUAGAUGAUAAUGCAGAUCUAAUGGAUGGUUAUCCUUUGAAUAAUGGUCAAACAUCAUAUCCUUCAAAUAUUUACCGAGCCAACAGGUCAGUAGGGGUCCCGUCAAGAAGGAAGCCUCCACCCCCACCUCCGAGUGAUGAUGAGGAGGGCACGGAAGUCAAGGUGAUCGCCCUGUAUGAUUUUUGGGCCCGAGAAUCCACUGAUCUGAGUGUCAGGAGAUAUGAAGAAUAUGUUAUUCUUGAAAAACUUGAUCCUCACUGGUGGAAAGCAAGGGACAAACAUGGAAAUGAAGGACUUAUUCCAAGCAACUACGUGACUGAAAAGAAAUCAAAUAAUAUAGAAGCAUUUGAAUGGUACUGUAAAAAUAUAACACGGACCAAAGCAGAGCAGCUUCUUCGACAAGAGGCUACAGAAGGGGCUUUUAUUGUCAGAGACUCGAGUCAACAAGGAAUUUACACAGUGUCUGUUUACACUAAAGCUGGAGGUGAACCAAAUGGAUCCGUCAGACACUACCACAUAAAACAGACGCAGACAUCAAACAAACAGUACUAUGUGGCAGAAAAACACCUCUUCGAUACCAUCCCAGAACUCAUUAAAUAUCAUGAACACAAUGCAGCAGGCCUUGUCACAAGAUUUCGUUAUCCCGUUGGGCUAAUGGGAAGAUGUAUUCCUGCAACAGCUGGCUUCAGCUAUGAAAAAUGGGAGAUAAAUACAUCUGAGUUAACUUUCAUGAAAGAGCUGGGCAGUGGACAAUUUGGGGUGGUACGUCUAGGAAAAUGGAGAGCUACGCAUAAAGUCGCAAUCAAAACCAUUUUUGAAGGUUCGAUGUCUGAAGAGGAUUUUAUCGAGGAAGCUAAGGUCAUGAUGAGACUAUCACAUUCUAAUUUAGUUCAACUUUAUGGGGUUUGCACACAAAAGCGACCAAUCUGCAUAGUUACAGAGUUCAUGGAAAACGGUUGUCUGCUCAAUUACUUGAGACAGAGACAAGGCCGACUUCAUAAAGAAGCCUUACUAGGUAUUUGUGAGGAUGUAUGUGAAGGGAUGAAGUACCUCGAGAAGAACCAUUUCAUUCACCGGGAUUUGGCUGCAAGAAACUGUUUAGUGGGUGACAAGAAUGUGGUGAAAGUCUCUGAUUUUGGAAUGGCAAGAUAUGUCCUUGAUGAUGAAUACACCAGCUCAACAGGCUCCAAGUUCCCUGUCAAGUGGUCACCCCCUGAGGUCUUUCACUUCUCUAAAUUCAGCACCAAAUCAGAUGUCUGGUCAUUUGGUGUUUUGAUGUGGGAAGUGUUUACUGAAGGGAGAAUGCCUUUUGAGAACAAGUCAAAUGCUGAGGUUGUUGAUGAAAUAUCUCGAGGAGAAAGGCUAUACCGACCAUCACUUGCUUCACCCUCAGUGUAUCAAAUCAUGUACAGCUGCUGGCAUGAGAAACCAGAUGGGCGCCCCAGUUUUCGUGAGCUUUUGGACUUAAUCAACAAGAUCACAAUGUACGACCACAAGUGAAAUGACUUCUCACACACUCAAAAUCCUGGAUGUGGAGUGAUAAUAUAUUGAGAACAUUCAGAAAACAUUCUGUGCAGGUGUUUCGUAGGUUCAUGUUGCAAAGACAACAAGAAGUAUGUGUCUGGAAUAUCUGGAAUGGUGCCCAUUUCUUCAUGGCAUCAGGUUCUCCAUCACAUUUAAGUGCAAUAUAAGACAAAGUUUCAAGAAAAGAUACAGGACAGUGAUAUGACAAAAUAUAGACAUUUUGUAGGCGGCUUUGUUUAUAAUACUGCAAAGUAUCCUCCUGAGAUCUGCAGUUAUUAUAUAGUUCCGGAGAUGAUUGUAAAUAUUGGUAUUCACAUUUCUUUGUAGAAUGUAUUAUAUUUAUUUAAAUUUAGGUUGCUGUGGUCAUGAACUAUAAUUAUUUAAAGUUAUCACAGUAACUGAAGGGUCAAAAUGAGUCACAUAUUCACUAAAAGAUGGAUUGCAUAAAGGAUAAAUCUUAUUAAGUUUAAGAAAUUUGCCUUGAGCUACUUUAAGCAUGUGACAAUUUAAAAUCAUAAAGGUAACAGAAAGCAUAGCAUUAAAACCAAUAACAUAGAUGUAUUAUUUGGCAAUGUAGAGUCAUUAGCUGUUCAGGCUUGCAGUGUUCUGGGGAACAUCUGGUGAAAUGAUGUAAUCAACAGCAAUAAACCACCACAUCAAUAUUUAAAAGAGAAUCUUUUAGACAAGGCAAUAAAUAGAAUUGGGAUUAAUGUAUAAAAGUCUUAAUAUUCUAUCUAUUCAAUAACCUGUGAACAUUUUGAGGCCAAGCUGAGCUUGUUUUACAAGUACAGUCAGAAAUAUUCAAUUUUAAACAAUUUUAUAAUAGCAUAGUCCUAGAAGUAAAACAGUAUUUUUAAAAUAAAUCUCUGUAGGCAUCCUAGAAUGGCAAAAGAAUUCAACUUUGAUUUAUAAAUCUUUAGUGUGUUUAUAUAGAAUACAUCUCUUCUUAAGUAUGUCUAAUCUGUGAUACCUACAAGUUGUAUGCAAUCAUGAAACUAGAGCAAGAAUGUAAGAAAUUCUAAAGGAAAAUGUUUAUUCUCUUAGAAACUUGUAUGUAGAUAUUGAAGGCUGGUCCAAAAUUUCUUUUUUCAAAUAAACUGUUUGCAAUGCACUGAUAUUUUCAAUGUAUUGGUGAUUGAGACCAAGGAACAAUUAUUUAAGGGCCUCUGAUGAAGAAUUAUCUAGACCCAAAACGUUAGCUUGCUCUCUGUCCAUAGAUGCUGCCUGA